AUUGUAAUUAUCCAAUUUUUUAUUGUGUGUAAUAAUAAACGGUAAAAAAUAAACGAAUUGAACUAAUUAUUUAUAUUUCAGAAAUGUCUUUGGGCGGGUCUGGUGAAAAUUUCAAACCUUAAAUCAUAAAACGUUGGCGUCACCUAUCAUUUUUUUCUCAAAAACAGUCGAAAUUUUAAAACGCUCGCUGUGCGAUUUCAAAUUUUCCGACCUUCAGCAAUUAUUUUACCGGAGUCUCGUGAUCAAGUACUUUCGUUAAAAAAAAAAAAUCUUGAAAAUUGGAGCACGCUAAGUUAUUUUCCCAGAAAAACAUUUUUCCUUGUUUUAUUAUAUAAUAUGAUUACAUUUGCUAUUUUGAUAACUUCAAUAAAUAAUUCACUUGUCGAUGAAUUGUGUUUCAGCCUGCUGAUGCGAAGGGACCGAAAAGUCGUUAGGUUAAAACCUUAUGGAAUGUGUCCACAUUUUCAGUCCAGACCUCCAAAUGACCACAGGCCAUCACAACAAACUCCGAAUCGUCCGAGGACAGACUUGAAACUUCUACUUCUCGUUGAAACUACUUACUCGAGACUCGGCAGAGAACUUGCAGAAACACUUGUUCACAAUAGACUGAGGUAUAAAAUGGAAAUAGCCGGAAAGUCGUUACCGGCUCUUACUUACUUAGAUAAAGGUCGUUAUUCCGUUAUCGUUUUUGAAAACUACUAUAAGUACUUAAAUAUGGACAAAUGGAAUAGAGAGCUAUUAGAUAAAUACUGCAGGGAAUACGGGGUUGGUAUAAUAGGGUUUUUCCCGCCGACAGAACGUCGAGCGGUCGGCGUACAAGUUAGAGGGUUUCCAUUAUACACGCACACGAAACUCUCACUGAGAGACGCCAUGUUGAAUUCAGCGUCGCCAGUACUAAGAAUUUCCAGAGCAGGUGGUGUAUAUCAAGGGCCUUUACCCGGCGAUGAUUGGACCGUUUUUGGUGCCAACGAUACAACUUACGAACCUGUUGCAUGGGGUAGCAAUGACUCGUUCAGUUCGCAGAGCGAAUACAUUCCUCUGGCUACUGUCAUACAAGACCACGGUAUGUACGACGGAAUAUCCAGGGUAUUAUUUGGUUCAGGAUUGAGGUUCUGGCUGCAUCGGUUGCUUUUGUUAGAUUCGUUAUCGUACUUAAGCAAGGGACUGUUGAGCAUAUCGCUUGAGCGCCAAGUACUGGUCGAUAUUGAUGAUAUAUUUGUCGGCGAAACUGGUAUUAGAAUGUGGAAAGAAGAUGUGCACGAUUUAAUCCAGACACAAGAGCGAAUAAGUAAAUUAGUACCAGGGUUUAAAUUUAAUUUAGGAUUUUCUGGCAAAUACUUUCAUAAAGGAACGUGGGAAGAAAACGAAGGCGACGACACGAUUUUGGAACAUGUUGACAAGUUCAAUUGGUUCUGCCAUAUGUGGAAUCACAUGCAACCACAUUUAUACAAUAAUGAGACUCAAUUAGAAUAUGAAAUGACAUUAAAUAAACUGUUUGCUGAAGUAAGACAAUAUUAUUAUUAUUUUAUUUAUUUUCAUAAGAUAAAAUAAUUUAAAUCUUCUUCU